GAUUUGCUAUAUGGCAGAAAUCAUUCUUUGCACAAAUGAUGUGUUUACAUUACGAUAUUCGUUGAAUUUUUCUCUCUGUGAGAAGGAAAGUGGGAAAGUGUAUCUAAAAAGAUAUUUGUCACGUGUUUUAUAAACUAAUUACGAAGAUAUCGAUCUGCCAGCUUGAAUUGUAAACACUGCGUGAUUGAAGAUCUAUCUGAAUAAUAAUUGGAACCUGUUUCUUGAAUAAAAAUGGUGAAGCUUUAUCAUGUUGGUGUAUUGUUUAAGCAUCAGUCCAAAGCUGUUUGCUUAAGUGCAGCAAGUGACUUGACAUCAUUUGGAUUUUUCCAGAGAAAUAGUAUAAAGGAAUUUAUGAACUUUACUAGUCAAAUACUCGUUGAGCGUUGCCAGUCUGGAGCAAGAAUGUCAGUUAAAGAACAAGCUUAUAUGUGUCAUAUUUUUGUGAGAGCUGACAAUCUUGCAGCUGCAUUGAUCUCGGAUCAGGAAUAUCCACAAAGAGUUGCACAUACGCUGUUGAAUAAGAUUUUGCAAGAGUUUUCAAACUGUUACCCCCCUUCAUCUUGGACAGGGGAAGCCAAUUCACUAACUUUUGCAGACUUGGAAAAAUAUUUAGCAGACUACCAGGAUCCUCGAAAAGCAGACAGUCUUAUGAAAAUUCAAGAUGAACUUGAUGAGACAAAAAUAAUUCUUCAUAAUACUGUGCAAGCUGUAUUGGAAAGAGGAGAAAAAUUAGAUGAUUUAGUAGUCAAGUCUGAAGAACUAAGUUUGCAAUCCAAGACAUUUUAUAAAACAGCUAGAAAGACCAACCAAUGCUGUGUUAUUCUUUGAAAAUAUUUGCAAAAUGUUGCUGUCCUUUAUUGAAAGUUGGAAAAUUUCAUAAGCACUUUAUAUUAAUAUCCAUAAAAAUUGAAUGAAAUAUAUUCUUCUAUGAUUGGAACAUUACAUAUUUAUUAUUAGAAGUAUUAUAAGUGUUGGAAUUGUUAUUUUUCAGUAUUUAUAAUUCUUGUUUUAAAAUCUUAAAUAUUUUUAUAUAUGCAAUAUUGUACAUUUAUGCUAAUAUAUCUAAUAUAUUUGUAUAUCAGAUUACCUUUAUGUAUGUCCUGCUCAUUCAUAAUAAAUUUUCAAUGUGAUAUCUUUGUAAUUGAUAAGUUGAGCAAAAUUAAUGUAUUAAAUAUGUAUAAACUGUUCAUAUAAUUUUUUAAUAUUAAUAAAAGUAAAUGUUUGUUGGUGUGUCAAUCUAUUUGCAUUCUACAGGAAAAGCCAUUAGAACUACCUAAUUGGUGUAGGUGCAAUUUGGAAGUGGGGUGGUGGAAAUAUUCGUUUCAAAACAAUUUUUAAUGGAAUUUUUAAAGAUUAAAAUUGAAAUUAAAAUGUUGAUGUUUUUAACUCUAAAUUCUGAAGCUAGUAUUGCACAAAAAUUACUUUUAUUCUAUGUUAAUUUCUUUUCUGAAAAUUUUCUUUUCAGUGAUACAUAUUAGUCAUUUACCAGUAUUUUUAUUUCUUUAAUUACAGCAAUUGUUAUAAAGGAAAUUUUGUGUAUUAUUUGCAACAAUAUUAUUUGAUUGUGCAAAUGAAAUUCAAACCGAUUUCAUAGUUUCUGCAAAUAUUUAAUCAUGUUUUUCUUCUAUUAUAAAAGUUGAAGAAGAAAGAUGCUCUUUAUCUUCUUAUAUUUUUUACUAUGCUAUAAAGAAUUUUUACUUUA